AUGAUGGAGGCAUUCGUACUGGCUUUCAUCGCCUUUUGCUAUGCUGCCUUUAUAUCGAUUACCAGAAGGGCUCCACAUGCUUCCUCUCGGCCAUGUUAUCAUCUGAUCGUCUUCUGCGGCGGUGGCCUCGGCUUCAUUGGAUGGGUAAAACAGAGACGAGGUGACCCACUGGUCAAUGUCGCAUGCUCACUUGCUUCUCUGGCAAUCAUCACUGUCAUGACGAAGGAAGGAUCUGUACAGCGAGGUGACCUGUCUUUUGCUAAAAUCAUCCAAGUCUUCAAAAUGGUUGUUAUGGGAGUUGUGGCUACAAUGAUGGUCUGUUUUAUAGUAUUCCCUAUUUCUGCAAAGAAGAAGCUACGCCAAAAUAUGGUUGAUAUGACAGACUCCCUCUCUGAUAUGCUGGAGAUCAUUACGGAGAGUUUUAUAUAUGGAGCAUCAGGGCUUGAGAGCAGCCUUGAACAACGGCCUUUCCUUGAUGCGUCAUGCAAGAACAAAGCUGCAUACUCGAAAAUGGAAAAACUUCUUAAAGAAGCUAAGUUUGAGCACUAUGUUGCCGGCACUGAGGAGGAAUACCGGCUUGAGAAGAGAUUAGUCCGUUGCAUCCAGGACAUAUCCCAGAGUAUCGGCGGACUUCGAAGUGCUGCAGCCCUUCAAUUCGAUAUUCUGAACCAAUUCCAACAGCCACAACAGGAUAUAAAUACCUUUGACACAUUGCGAUUGCUACACAAUGGAUCUCCCAUCCGCCUCCUCGACAGGCCACUUAUGUCUAUUCGUUCAGAUGGCCUCCAGUCACCAUCAUCUGGUGCUACAACAAUACGCUCACCUGAACGUCCUCAAACAGCAAAUACACCUACAGAAUUUGUUCAAGCCCCCGCAGACAUGUUUGAAAGGUUUAUUACUCACCUUGGACCUUCAAUGAACUCUUUGGCAUAUACCCUAAAGGAAAUUCUAGGAGAACUCCCUUAUGGCCCAGCUCCGGAUUAUAAAGUUACGGUUAAUAAGAAGUUCCGAACAAGUCUUGAGCGGGCUCUUGACCUAUACCGACACGCUAGAAAUGAUGCUUUGAAUAUAAUAUACAGCCAGAAGGAUUUAAUACUUGCUAAGGGAAAGCCCCUUGGAGUUGAGGCGGACUUAGAAGAAGUUGCAGCUAGCUGUGGUCAUUUCAGUUUCUCUCUCCUAGAGUUUGGCGAGCAACUUAAAGAAUUCCUCAGCAUUCUUGAUCAGCUUCAAUUAGAAGCUGACGAGCGCCCAAAUGGAAGAACAUGGCGUUGGAUCAUGCCGUGGACUUCGGAUCGGGAGCAAGAUGAAAAUAUAGGAUCACUUGACUCCGUAGACCCACUGGAAGACAAAAAUAAAAAGGAUAAAGCAAUUGACGUCCCUUUCACCAAAACCACUUUCAGGUACAGGGUUUGGAAGGCACUGCAUGUCUUUCGACGUGAUGACACGAAGUUCGCCAUUAAAGUAGGUGCCGGUGCUGCCAUAUAUGCGCUGCCCUCAUUCAUGCCCGAAACUAGGCCCAUAUACUCUGCCUGGAGAGGGGAGUGGGGUUUAGUAUCCUACAUGCUUGUCUGCUCAAUGACAAUAGGGGCAUCAAAUACCACUGGCUACGCUAGGUUUCUUGGCACAUGCAUCGGAGCCAUUUGUGCUCUCGCUAGUUGGUAUGUUGCAGAAGCGAAUGUUAUCUUCCUUGCUCUAUUUGGAUGGGUAAUGUCCUUUUGCACUGCUUAUAUCACAAUAGCUCGAGGCAAUGGCCCUAUGGGGAGGUUCAUCAUGCUUACCUAUAACCUUGUUGUCCUCUAUGCAUACGCAUUAGCUAAGGAGGGCGCUGAUGACGGCGUGGACGAAGGGGGCGAAGAUCCUGUGAUUACUGAUAUCACUCUUCACAGAGUGGUUGCUGUGUUUGUCGGUAUCCUGUGGGGUAUCAUAAUCACCAGGAUUAUUUGGCCGUCCAGUGCAAAACGGAAACUUAAGGAUGGCUUGAGCGUAUUUUGGCUUCGUCUCAGCGUCAUCUGGAAACGCGAUCCGCUCUCUACCAUGAUUCAGGGAGGACCGACAUCUCCUUAUUUCGACGUGCGGGAAAGGAUCAAGCUACAGCUCUUCCUGAACUACCUGGACUCGCUUUUGGUGUCAGCAAGGUCAGAAUUUUCGUUAAAGAGACCAUUUCCAGAUGCCGAGUAUAAAGUUCUUGUUUCCGGGUCUAGAAGGCUGCUUGAUGCUUUUCAGGCCAUGAAUCUUGAGAUAAUGAAGAACCUCACUGCUUCCGAAGGUGAAGCGGCAAUGUUGAGAUACACUUUACGGGAAAGGAUGCAAUUAUCUGCUAGAAUAAGCCAUUUGUUAUCAGUUAUGGCAUCUUCGAUGAAACUGGGAUAUGCGUUGAACGAGGUUCUUCCAGACACCGAACAUGCUCGAGAUCGUCUUUUGGCCCGUCUCCAUCAUUUCAGGAAUGAUAAGCAGGCAUCUCGAUUGACUACGGAUGAAGACUAUGCUCUUCUAUAUGCAUACGCACUCGUUACUGCUCAACUAUCAAAGGAGAUUGUGGUAUUAAUGCAAGGUGUAAGAAAGCUCUUUGGAGUUAUCGAUGAGGAUGCUAUCACUCUUCAGUGA